AAUGGCGGGUGGUCCGCCCGCCCGCCAGGCGGCGCUGCUGUACCCCAUGGCCCUUCCGUUGGCUGCGCUUGGGCGCGCGGCGGCCGCUGUCCGCGCAUGCGCGGUGUGGGGUGGGUGCGCGCGCGCGGCUCUGCGCAGGCGGUACGUCCGCGCGUGCGCCGCAGGCUGAGCAGCUGGGGGCGGGGCCUCGCCGCCAUCUUGGCCCGGGCACGGCCCCGCCGCCAUGGAGCCGAGCGGGGGCGGGCGGAAGGAGAGGCCGAAGCCCCGGGAGCCGGCGGCCCGCCUGGAGAAGGCUAAGCAGAAAUCAGCCCAGCAGGAGCUGAAGCAGAGGCAGAGGGCGGAGAUUUACGCCCUCAACCGAGUGAUGACGGAGCUGGAGCAGCAGCAGUUUGACUCCUUCUGCAAGCAGAUGCAGACCUCCGGCGAGUGAGGCAGCAUGUGCGGCCCCCCCGAACUGACCCCAGGCACCCCCCAUCUGCUGUCUGUCCCCUUUUCUAACUCCUUUGUUAUUUAUUACCAAAUAACUGCUUUUUUUUUUUUUUUAAAUAAAAUCUGUGGUGGUUCCACGUU